AUGUCAAAUAAAAAAAACUUUCCGAAUAAUCUAUACGCAGAAUUAUUGAUUAGUAAUACUACUAACAAUGACAAAGAUCAAGUUGGUAAUGUUUCUAAACAAGCAGAUAUCUCAUUACAUGAUUCACAGGAUUUUCUUAAUAGAAUUAUCGACGAAUUAUGUGAUCUAUAUAAUAAAGAAGUUAUGAAAGGGAAUCCUAUAAGCUCGAUUAUUUACUCAAUAGAUCAGCAUUUUACAAAUGAUCGGCAAAACCCAGAAGAAAUAAUCAAAUUAU